AUGUUCCAACACAACAUAUUGGAUGGCCCACCCACCGCCACUGAACCUCAUCCUACAUCGGGGGAGACGCUGCCAGUAGGCGUCGGUCACGAGUUCUCUGGAACCAUCGCUGAAUUGGGUCCGAACGUCGAUACAUCCAAGUACGCCGUUGGCAAGAAUGUGGCUGUUGAGCCGAUCAUUGGGUGCAACACGCCUGGUUGCGCAUGCGCUUCAACCCACACCCGAAACCUGUGCCCUCGGUUCGCAGCCAUCGGUAUUUCUGGUGGUGGCGGUGGUCUCUCCGAGUACGUCGUAGUGCCGCAAACACUCGCCCACGUACUGCCGGCGAACGUCUCUCUGGAGAUCGGCGCCCUCGUGGAACCGCUCGCGGUCGCUUGGCGUGCAGUCAAGCUAUCGCACGUCAAAGCGAGGGACAAGGUCCUCAUCCUCGGCGCUGGCCCGAUCGGCGUCUUUGUGCUCAAAGUUGCCCAGAUAUUUGGGGCGUCCUGGGUAGGCAUCUCGGGGCGCGGCUCCAAGCGCUGCGCUCUGGCCCACAAGUAUGGCGCAUCCGUGGUUUACGACGCCGCCGCUGGAAUAGACGUCGUUGCGGAGACGCUGAAGGCGACGGACGGCCGGGGCGCAGACGUCGUUGUGGACUGCGCCGGGUCCCAGAGCACUCUCGACACUGCGUUGAAGGCAUCCCGCCCCGGUGGGACGAUCAUGAACGUCGCGGGAUGGACGGCGCGGCCCACGAUCGACAUGAACUUGAUGUUGAUGAAGGAGCUCGUUCUCGCUAAUAGCAUAGGCUACGCUGGAGACCAUCCUGAGCUGAUCCAAGCCCUUGCCGAUGGCAAGUUUGACCUGGACGAUCUGGAGGCCUUGAUUACUCGUCGCGUGGGGUUGGAAGACUACCUGGAGAAGGGACUCGGCGCCCUCCUCCAUGAGAAGGAUCAACAUGUCAAGGUUUUGAUUCACCCUUGA